UUUCGUCAUCGCUACGUUGAGCGUCCCUUCCCGCUCAGUACUUCCUCCAAUUUCACUGGUUUCGUGUCGUGCGAAGGAGUCGCACGUCAAUAAACGCUCUCGAGGUUAUUGCAAGCUAAACGUUCAGUAUGGUAGGGACAAGGGUCUAUGUCGGUGGGCUUCCAUACGGCACCAGGGAAAGAGACCUUGAGAGAUUUUUCAGAGGCUACGGUCGAUUCCGUGAUGUUCUCAUCAAGAAUGGUUAUGGCUUUGUUGAAUUCGAUGACUAUAGAGAUGCCGAUGACGCCGUCUAUGAACUAAACGGAAAGGAACUUUUAGGAGAAAGAAUUACUGUAGAGAGGGCUCGGGGGACACCUAGGGGUAGUGACCAGUGGCGCUAUGGUGACUCCCGUGGUGGUUAUGGGGACUCGAGGCGAUCUGCCCGAGACGAUAUGCGGCACGACAGAGAUAGUGUGAACAGAAACACGAGGACUGCAUCUAGCUACAAGCAAUCAUUGCCCAGAUAUGGACCACCCACACGCACCGAGUACCGCCUCACCGUGGAGAAUUUAUCAAGUCGUGUCAGUUGGCAGGAUUUGAAGGAUUACAUGAGACAAGCUGGAGAAGUGACAUAUGCUGAUGCUCAUAAGCAACGUAGAAACGAGGGAGUUGUAGAAUUCGCGACGUAUUCCGACUUGAAAAACGCUAUCGACAAAUUGGAUGAUACAGAAUUAAAUGGUCGCAGAAUUAGGCUCAUCGAAGAUAAGAGACGCGGCCGUCGUUCAAGAUCAUCUAGUUCAAGAUCACGCUCGCGAUCUCGUUCGCGAUCCCGUCGUCGAUCGCGCUCCCGCUCAAGGAGCCGCCGCAGCUCUCGCAGUCACAGUCGCCGUAGCAGCCGUUCCAAAUCUAGAGCACACUCGAAAUCCAAGUCCAAGUCUAAAUCCAAAUCCCCCGAGCGCAGUCGCUCACGCUCAAAGUCCAAAUCAAGAGACCGCUCAAAGUCGAAAUCUAAGUCAAAGUCCAAAUCCAGAUCUCGUUCUAGGUCCAAGGCUGAGAGGUCAAAGUCCAGGUCGCAGUCCAAAUCCAAAGCCAAGUCUCCCUCAAAGGAUAGAUCAAGCCGCGAGCGUUCCAGAGGAGACAGAUCCAGAUCUCGAUCGGGAAGCAAACACAGCAAGAGCCGAAGCCGCUCUCGCUCGCCCAUGAACGGUGACAAGUCACCGGAAAGCAAGAAAGCUGAUUGAUUAAACUAUAUAUUUUCAAUUAAACUAUUUUUUCUUUUUUUUGUACAUUGAAUCACAUUUGAAAACCGCCAAUAUCUUAUAUCUUACAAUUUUCGAUUAUUAAUUGUAACAAUAAAGUUUCACGUUAUAAACCUGUACACAUUGUAUCAAGACUCUAUCACACUUUGAUAUUUGGGAUAUCAAAUCAAACACAAUCGGCUUAACUAUUCACAUUAUUGUUGAUUCAUGGCAAAUUAUUAUUUAGGUUUUUUUAGCCAGCUAUGAUAUAUAUAUAUAUAUAUAUACUAGCCGUAUCUUGUGCUUUUUUUAUUAUUAUAAUUUCUCUUUUAUUAUUUUUAGUGGUUAAUUUAGAUUUAGCAAAAUACGCAUCAUCCAACUUGAGCAAUUCAUGCAUUUAGACAGAUAAGGAUUCUUUAUUCAUACCUCUGAUUCUACAUGUUUUUAUCAUGUUCUACAUAUAUCACCAUAUAUCAGUACGAAUUUUCUUAUAAUAACUGCUUUUUGUAUAUAUUACCAAAAGUUACAUUACAAUAUAAGAAGGUAUGUGAUGUGUAUUAAAUUUAGCGGUAAGAGGCAUCUUGAUUGUCAAUAAAAAUUCUUGUCAAUGCAGA